ACCUUCACAGGGGACAUCUUCGCAAGAGACCCCUCACAAGAAAACCCUUCACAAGAGGAGUCUGCAACAGAGACAGAAUUACCUUGUCGAGAACUGGAUGAGCAAGAAGCGCUAACCCGGGAGUUGACCCAAAUUCAAAAAUUCCAACACCAACAGAAACUUAUAGAAGAAAAGAACAAGGAGACCCGGAAUCUCCUUGCCGAAGCCAUUAAGGACCGAUGGGAGAAAGCAGAAACAGAAGCCGUCUUGUUGACCAAAUUGCAAAAGGAUCUCUCACGGCUGGACGACCUCCUUACUGCUGACGUGUCCAUCAUCCGAGACAAAAUCGAAACUUCCAGCUUGGAGUACCUUGAAGCACAGAAGCGUUACGAGAGAGCCGAGAAGGAGUUCAUCAGGUGCAAACUGGAGAUGUUCCGUAAGGCCGAACUCAAGGAACAGCUCACCGAACACCUGUACACCAUUAUUUACCAGAACGAGAUGAGGAAGGCGCAGAAGCUGUCGGAACUGACGGAGAAGCUAAAGAUUUGUCCAAUAUCAGAAGAGGUGGAGUGCAUCCUUCCGCAAAUGCCACCAGUUCCUGUAUAUAACCCCGUUAACACGAUACACUCCCCCUGCAAAGACAUUUCCACCACCACUGCCAACACCACCACCACCACAACCACUGAUACAACCACUGCCAACACCACCACCACCACAACCACCGACAGCACCACAACCCCUGACAGCACCACAACCACUGACACCACCACCACAACCACUGACACCACCACUACUGCUAGUGUGACCCCUUCUAAUGCUAGCAGUACAGAUAAAGGGUCGGCAAUAGCUAUCGAAGGUUGCCCCGAGAAAGACACCCCUGUGACCUCCCCCGCAGAAACGGCGCCUUCGCAGUCUGAGGAGUGCCACGCUGCUGAGACGUGUGCCGACGCUUGUCCCUCCGGAGGAACGGAGUCAGCCCCGGAGGGCUCUGGAAAUCCCGGUGGAGAUCCGCUUACCGAAAAACUGUCCGAGUCGCGAGUGGGAGCCGGGGACGACGUGACCCUUGCUGUCUCCAGCCCCAUCGAAAAUAACACCAGCAACAUCGUUAGUGGCGGAAAUAGCAGCAGUAGUAAUAAUAAUAAUAAUAAUAAUAAUAGUAGUAGUAGUAGUAGUAAUAAUAAUAUUAACGAUAAUAAUAAUAAUAAUAAUAAUAAUGCUGACAGCAACAACAACAAUAAUAACAAUAAUAAUAAUAAUAAUGUAACAGUCCCUGCCUUAGCAACGCAACACAAGAAUACCAAUGCAAAGGGAGAUAAUCAUAACGAGGGGGAGGGAACUGGUGAUAGUUGAGAUACUCAGAGACUAAACCAGACUAAACGCCUUACCAUCCUUUUUUUUGAUCUCUUUAGGUAUUUUUUUUUCCUUUUGGGAGCUCAAAUCUCAUUCAUCCAUACAAGGUCAAAUGUCAUUUUGUACCAGGGGAUUCUCAUUUUUUAAAAAUAUUUUUUUUCC